AAUUGCAUACUGCUUGAAGGUAAAAAGGGGAGAAAUGUAAAUUUUGUUUUCGUUAUUCUUUCGGUGGUGAAUCAUUUAGGUUAACUUUCUCUUAUUUGCUUCUCUCACGUUCUCCCUCCUUUUUCAUUGCUUCCCAUUUUGAGAUGGUUGAAUCGGUAGUUAUGGAGGUUUUUCGUGGGUUUGAAGGUGUAGCAUCAUUGUGCCGCUCCCAAUCGGUGGUCGUGGAGGUUUCCGGUGGCUGUGAGGUUUCCGGUUGGCGUUUCCAUUUUUGUGGCUUAUUUCGUGUGUGACUUUGAGGGGAAUAUUUUAGGGACCCUCUGAAGAAAUUCCUUUCAGAUUUUUGGGGCUGGAAAGGCGAACAUUCAUUCAUUCAUUCUCGUUCACUAAACCAAUGCAAUCUCUAAAGUCACACCCUGCUCUUUUAUUUGCACUUUUCAAUCAAUUCUCUUCUCAGUCUCUGACAUCCUUCCUCUCUUUCUCAACUAAAUGCCGUUGCCUACACUUCAACGAAACCACUUCAAUGAUUGAUUACCUAAAUUCCAACUUCCAGUUCUCCAAAACCCAAUCCCUUUAUAUCUCCAAACGUGUUUCACGGGGCAAAUUCCCUCAAAACCCCUCAUCAGUGCUCACUUUCUUCAAACAAAUAGGCUUUUCGCAAAGCCAGAUUCUCUCCGUGAUUCGUCAAAGACCCCAGAUACUGUUUACAGACGUUGACAAAAUCUUAAGAUCCAAAAUUGAGUUCUUUCAGAUGUCUGGAUUCCAGGGUCGCGAGUUAUGCAGCUUCAUUUCAAAGCAUCCCUCCAUUUUGACUCAUAGCUUGAAGAAAACAUUGGUCCCCUCAGUUGAAGCUAUUAGGAAAAUUGUGUGCGACCAGAAAGAUUUUAUUCUUGUGUUGCACAGAUGUGGCUGGAUUCUCCCAAAGUACAAAAGGUUUAUGGAUAAUGCCGUCUUCUUGGAGAGGUGUGGCAUUCUUGGGACUCAUCUUGCAUUGCUACUCAAACUUCACCCAAGGCUUUUCAUUGCACAACAGUCCACUAUUCAAAACCGUGUUUCUCGAGCUGUAGACUUGGGUUUCCGUGAAAAUUCAAGAAUGCUUGUCCAUGCAAUUCAUACAUUAAGCUGUUUGAGCGAUAAAACAUUUGAGAGAAAGCUGAAACUAAUUAAUAGUUUUGGGUUUUCCAACGAUGAGGGCCUACAAAUGUUCAAGAGAACCCCGACUUUGUUCAGAACAUCAGAGAUGAAGUUGAAAGUUGGAAUGAAAUUCUUCUUGCACACAGUUAUGCUGCCUAAGUCAGUCCUUAUUCACCGGCCUCAGAUUUUAAUGUACAGCAUGGAGGAUCGUGUGCUUCCUCGAUAUAAAGUCUUCCAGCUGUUGAAAUCAAAAAAUCUCUGCAAGAAAGUCCCCAAUUAUAUUCAUGUGUUGUGCUUGUCUGAGGAGAUGUUUUUGGACAAGUAUAUAUCACAGUUCAGGGAAAAUGCAGAGGAGUUAUUAGUAGCAUACAAGGGUCAUUAUCUGGAAGCAUAACCAUACCUUCAAUUCUGUUUUUUCACUCUUCUACAGGAAGCCUGGGCAAUUUGGGACCAACAGUAAUUAUUUGAGAAUUUA